AUGCCGAGGCCAACAAGGGUAUAUGGCAUUCUGGGAACCAUGCAUCUUCUCUCAGGUCGAUUUCUGAUGACAAUCGAUAGGUGCGAACUUGUCGGGACCUUAUUUGGACAUCAUAUUUUCCGAACGGAAGCUGAGACUGUUUAUAUCAGUAUGCUCACAUUCAUGCUGCAAUUGAAAGGAAUGUACUUUUCAAACACCUACGAUUUGACUGUCUCUCAACAACGCCUCUCUGAAUUUGGUCCGUGGUCUAGAAAUAUGAACCUUUUUGAGAGAGCUGAUAAACACUUCCUUUGGAAUAACGUCCAGUUGGAAGAUUGGUCUCGAGUGCUUCACAUGGCUGCAGAAAGUUGUGGAUUACCGUUCAACACCUCUAACUAUCUCACCCCUGUCAUUCUUGGCUUUGUCGAGAUAAUAAAGGCUUCAAACUCUCCUGAAUCCGUUGGUCGUGUUGCCAGCUAUGCCGUUAUCUCUCGUCGAGCUGUAAAACGGGCUGGAACCCGUUAUUUUGCCCGUGGUCUUGAUUCAAACGCCUAUUCUGCAAAUUUUGUAGAGACUGAGCAGCUGGUCUAUCUUCCGCCAAAUCAUAUAUACUCCUUCAUUCAGAUUCGUGGAAGUGUCCCGCUCUAUUGGAGCCAACGUCCAACACUGCAGUACAAGCCGAGAAUCAAGCUGGGGCGCACCGAACUUGGUAGCUUGUCGUCUAACUCCUUGUACGAACCGCAGUCAUUGGCGGAUGUGGAGCGGAAUCAGAAAGAGAUUAUUCGGCGCCACUUUCAUGACGUCUGUUAUCUUCUUCGCUAUGGAAAAGUAAUUGCGGUGAAUUUGUUAGAUCAGACUGGCAUGGAACGCCCUCUUUAUCGGAUGUAUACUUUGGCUUCCCUGGCGGUUGAUCCAGAGGAAUUGAAGUACGAGGCCUUCGAUUUUCAUAGAGAAUGCCAAGGGCUUAAGUGGAACCUAGUGCAUGCUUUUGUCGAUCGAUUGGAACCGGAACUCGCUGAUAUGGGUCAGUUGAGGUUGUCAACCCCAAGUGGACGAGAGAGUCUGCAAGACGCAACAGUUCUGGCAGUACAGCGCGGCGUCUUCCGUACUAACUGCAUCGACUGCCUCGAUCGCACCAAUGUACUCCAAUCGGUGCUGGCACAGCGUGCUCUCGUUGCUGCACUCCAUGACGCCGGCAUCCCUACUGUCAAUGCAUCACUCGGAGAAGUGGAGUUAUGGCCUGGCUUCAAAAUGGCAUUUAGAGAGCUCUGGGCCGACCAUGCUGACAUGAUCUCCCUGCAGUACUCAGGAACUCCCGCUCUAAAGACCGACUUCACCAGGACCGGUAAGCGCACCUUCAAGGGAAUGCUAACCGACGGCUACAACUCGUUGGUGCGCUAUUUCCUCAAUAACUUUGCCGAUGGUUUUCGGCAGGACGCCUUUAACCUCUUCCUGGGCAAAUACGAGGUUUUUGACCCGGUUACCGGGCGGGCAAAACUGCCGUUGCCAACGGGUGAGAGGCAGAGCAUCCGACGCCGUUUUUUGCCCUUCUUCCUCGCCUUCUCCAUCUCAAUGUCAGUCCUCUGCCUGCUUUUCCCAUCUGUUGAUCUUACCCAUCGGCUGACGUACUUCGCAUUCUGGGGUCUAGCUUCGGCAUUUUCUGUGACCAACAUCCUCUCUAGGGGACAAGAAUUUGUUAAUAAUCCCCUCUUUCCCAUGGAAUAG